UCGGGGGUGGGGGGGCGGGGGGGCUCCGCUAUGGAGGCAAAUGGGAGCCCAGGCACCUCGGGCAGCGCCAACGACUCCCAGCACGACCCCGGUAAAAUGUUUAUCGGUGGACUGAGCUGGCAGACCUCACCAGAUAGCCUUAGAGACUAUUUUAGCAAAUUUGGAGAAAUUAGAGAAUGUAUGGUCAUGAGAGAUCCCACUACGAAACGCUCCAGAGGCUUCGGUUUCGUCACCUUCGCAGACCCAGCAAGUGUAGAUAAAGUAUUAGGUCAGCCCCACCAUGAGUUAGAUUCCAAGACGAUUGAUCCCAAAGUUGCAUUUCCUCGUCGUGCGCAGCCCAAGAUGGUCACAAGAACAAAGAAAAUAUUCGUAGGAGGAUUAUCUGCGAACACUGUGGUGGAAGAUGUCAAGCAGUAUUUCGAGCAGUUUGGCAAGGUGGAAGAUGCGAUGCUGAUGUUUGACAAAACCACCAACAGGCACAGAGGGUUUGGCUUUGUUACUUUUGAGAAUGAAGACGUUGUGGAGAAAGUCUGUGAGAUUCAUUUCCAUGAAAUCAAUAAUAAAAUGGUAGAAUGUAAGAAAGCUCAGCCGAAAGAAGUCAUGUUCCCACCUGGGACAAGAGGCCGGGCCCGGGGGCUGCCCUACACCAUGGAUGCGUUCAUGCUUGGCAUGGGGAUGCUGGGCUACCCCAACUUUGUGGCAACCUAUGGCCGAGGCUACCCGGGAUUCGCUCCUAGCUAUGGCUACCAGUUCCCAGCCCUAUUACCAUAUUUAAAUGCAAGCUUCCCAGCAGCAGCUUAUGGACCAGUGGCAGCGGCAGCAGUGGCGGCAGCUCGAGGAUCAGUCCUGAAUAGCUACAGUGCUCAACCGAAUUUUGGCGCGCCCGCUUCCCCGGCAGGCUCCAACCCGGCGCGGCCCGGAGGCUUCCCAGGGGCCAACAGCCCAGGACCUGUCGCCGAUCUCUACGGCCCUGCGAGCCAGGACUCCGGAGUGGGGAAUUACAUAAGCGCAGCCAGCCCACAGCCUGGCUCGGGCUUCGGCCACGGCAUAGCUGGCCCUUUGAUUGCAACGGCCUUUACAAAUGGAUACCACUGAACAGGUGCUUCCGUUGCCAUCUCACUCUGAGAGCAUACCUGGAUGUCCAGGCAAGACUGGGCGAAGUUUCUGAGUGGCCCUUUGUUUAGGUGAUGUCCUCAGACCUGGAUCCCCACCAGCCUCACUCCUCAUCCCAACCAGAGAUGGCACACUUUGGAUUGAGGGUUGACUACAUCUCAUCUCACCGACCUGCUGUAAUAUAAGACAACAGCUUUUAAACGUGUAUAUAAUCCAUGAUUUUGGUUUGGUCUGUUUGUUUUCCUUUAGUGGUCUCCCUCUCCCUCCCCUCCCCUCUCCUUUUCGAUCUCCCUGAAUCACAUUUGGUAGUGAUUUCUGACUUAGUCUAGCGUCACCUUAGCUUAAUAUCUAGUUGAAAGCUAACCAUAGUAUACUUGUUAUAUAUUAAGGAAUUUUCUUUUUUCUUUAAAAAAAAAGAAUUUUGUUUUGUUGUUUUGAUUCUGUUCUCACUUUUAAAGGAUGCUGAGAUGGUGAUGUUACUCUCCAUUUUUGGUACCAAUUCUGAGACUGUAAGAAUUUUCAUCUGGGACUUUGGCACUCACUGAAACAAAGUUGUGAUGUGCGGAGCGGGAGGUGGGCGUAGACUCUCUGUUGCGUUGUAGAAGUGACAUGCAGUUGGCUGCUUAACAGACUGGCAGUUCAUUUUUGUGACGUCUCUUUGUUAACCUAAGUCUAUCUAUUUUCGGCAAUAAGGUAAGGACGGCCAUGUUUUGAGCGCCUUCCUUUUCUAUGAGUGCUUUUUUUUUCUGUUCAAAGAGGUCAUAUUAUAAGGUUUUUUGAAAUUGUGAAUUCUAAAAAACAAAAAACAAACAAAAAAAAUGUUGUAAAUAUAAUUCCAUUAACUACAUAGAAACUAUUAAGAAAGAGAGAAUCAAAAAUAUUUUUGUGGGGGAGUUGCUCCCAGGCAGUUAGGUGCCCUGGAAGGAGGGGAAGGGAGGGAACCUUGAUGAAGCUGAUGAGCUACAGCAGACGAGCACCCAGCUGCCAGGGCGACCGGAUUCCACCCUUAGCGCCUCUGUUGGUGUGAUAGACCUAAGAACCCGCAUUAGCACCCUGCCAGCCCAGCAACCUCUCAGUGCACAGCUUCAAAUAGUAAGGUCUAGCUAGAUUUUUAUUUAAAAUAUGAAAAACUGCUUUUCCCAAGACAUUUUUUAAAGGAAAAAACAAAGCUACAAUUUUAAUAUUUAACAUAUUUAAAGUUUCCAAGCACACCUGUUUUGGCUUAGGGGAAGGGCAGGGUGGGGGCAUUCUUUUUCAGUCUUAAUUUUUAAAUAUCUGAUCAUUUUAUAUUGUCCAGUCAUUUCAGCAUCUCCAAAGGUCCCUAGGGUACUCUGCCUCUCUCCUCACCCUGUCCCCCAUCCUGCCCCCAGAGCGGGGGCCCACGGGCCAGGAGCGGAUAAGCCUGCGUGAAUACAUCUUUUCUCCAUCCACUUUCUAUUUACAAAUUAGGAAAGCAACCUUUCAGUUUAUAUAUAUAUAUAUAUAUUUUUAUUUUGAUACCUCAGUGCUGCAAGUAUCAUCAGAGAGGCUAUGGAAGAGUUUUGUUUUUUUUUUUUAAUUUAUUGUAGAUGUAAACAGAAUUUUAAAAAUAAAAAGUCUAAACAUCA